ACCACGCCCUUCUUUUUCUUCGCUUCCCAUUUUGCUGCAUCUCUCAGAAAUGACGAGCAUCGCACUCUACCAAAUCUCUCAGCCCAUCACUUGCCACGCUUGGAGCCCUGACCAAUCCAUGAUUGCAUUUUGCCCAAACAACAAUGAAGUGCACAUCUAUAAAUUGUUGGAAGACAAAUGGGAAAAGGCACAUGUUCUUCAAAAGCAUGACCAAGUAGUCUGUGGGAUGGACUGGAGUAAUAAAUCAAACAGGAUAGUUACUGCGUCCCAUGAUCGCAAUUCAUAUGUAUGGAACUUUGAGGGAUCAGAAUGGGUACCAACUCUGGUUGCACUUAGGCUAAACCGAGCUGCUUUGUGUGUUCAGUGGAGUCCUAAAGAAAAUAAGUUUGCAAUUGGAAGUGGGGCCAAAACUGUUUGUAUAUGCUACUAUGAACAGGAGAACAACUGGUGGAUCAGUAAACUCAUCAGGAGAAGUCAUGAUUCUUCAGUGACAAAUGUUUCAUGGCACCCAAAUAAUAUUCUUCUUGCAACAACAUCCACAGAUGGAAAAUGCCGAGUAUUUUAUACCUUUAUUAAAGGUGUAGAUACAAAUUAAUUGUUCAGCUUGAUCUCUCUGUCUCCUGGACGUUUGGUGUCAAGUGGUCACCAAAGGGCAAAACUUUAGUUUAUGCAGGUCAUAAUUCAAUUAUAUAUUUUGUCAAUGACAUUGGUUCUUCUCCUGUGACCCAAACUGUUGCUUAUCGUGAUCUGCCUCUCUGUGAUGUGGGUCAGAAUCCACUCUCUAUAAACCUCUUUUA